CUAUCGGUGACCGAUAGGCUUAUGUACACUUAUCGCCAGCGUCUAUCGAUUAAACUUGCACGUUUCGCCCCAAACAUAUACAUUUAAUUUAAAAAAGCACACUUAAACAGCAACUUUCGAGUGAAUAGCAAACAAAUCAUGUCCACCGUGAGCGCCGCCAGCAGUAACAAUGACACCAGUCCGCCGGAGAGCGCGGGGAACGUUCGGCCGGAGCCCAUUUUCCGGGAGAUCAAUGCGGAGCAGACCGACGAGAUUGUGGAGAUCGAGUCCGCCUGCAUGAACUGCUUCGAAACGGGAGUAACUCGGCUGCUGCCCACCAAGAUACCCUUUUUCCGCGAGGUAGUGCUUAUGUCCUUCAAGUGCGACCACUGCGGCCACAUCAACAACGAGAUGCAGUCGGCAUCGGAGAUCCAAAAGUCCGGCAUUCGCAUCGAACUGGUGGUGCAAUCCGUGGCCGAUCUCAAUAGGCGCGUGGUGCGCUCGGAUAACUCCAGCAUCAGCAUACCGGAGGUGGAACUGGAGAUUCCGGUGCAGUCGCAGAAGGGCGAGGUGACCACUGUCGAAGGCAUCAUCGAACGGACAAUAGCCGGCUUGUCGCAGGAUCAGGAGAAACGGCGCAUCGAUCAUCCGGAGACAGCUGCUUCAAUUGAAAGGUACAUCGAGCGAUUGCACCGCUUAAAGGAGGUGACAACGCCCUUUCACCUGCUCCUCGAGGACAUAUCCGGCAAUAGUUUCGUCGAGAAUCCGCUGGCACCUGCCGCCGAUCCGCAGCUAAAGACUUCGUACUUCACACGCAGCCAGCAGCAGAACGAGCAAUUGGGCCUGUACGAGCAGAAUCACGAGGAUCAGCACCUGCUGAAGCCCAUUGCCGAGGACUCGUGGCCCAUUGAGAAUCUGCACGGCGAGGUGCUCCAGUUCCCCACCAAUUGUCCCAGCUGCCAGGCGCCCUGCGAGACGAACAUGAAGCUGACAAACAUACCGCACUUCAAGGAGGUGGUGAUCAUGGCAACCGUUUGCGGUGCCUGUGGCCACAAGACGAACGAAGUGAAGUCCGGCGGCGGAGUGGAGGCGCAGGGUGUACGCUUUCGCGUCCAGAUUGCCAGCAAGGAGGAUCUGACGCGCGAUGUCCUCAAGUCGGAGACGUGCAGCUUGUCCAUCCCAGAGCUGGACCUCGAGGUGGGUCCGCAUGCCCUGUGCGGGCGAUUCACUACCGUGGAGGGUCUGCUGGUGGCCAUGCGGGAUCAGUUGGACGGCACGCUCUUCCACGACUCCGCCGACGUCGCGACCAAGCAGCAGAUGCAGCGAUUCCUUGACACCUUCGAGGAUGUCAUGAAUCUGAAGCGAGUCAUUACGCUGGUGCUGGAGGAUCCAGCCGGAAAUACCUAUGUGCAAUCACUGAGCGAUGACGACUCGGAGCCGGAUGACAAGCUCACUGUGGAGCGGUACGAUCGCUCCUACGAGGACAACGAGGAUCUGGGCCUCAAUGACAUGAAGACCGAGGGCUACGAGCAGAAGGCGUGAUGAAGUCCUGCAUUCGCAAUUAUGGCAAUUAAUUCAUAAUCAGACCAGUUUUUUUAUAAUUAUACCCGUUUCUCGUUAAGCAAAAUUGUAAACUGAAUUCGUUGAAGAGUAAAAAAUAGGCAACC